UAUUGACUCCUAAAUGCGCUACAGUUAGCAUCUGUCACUCGCUACCGACCAGCGGGGAGGGUAGUAACGAAUACGAGUUAGUGACAGUUUAAAAUGCUUAACGCAAAUACGUUGUGCGUCUUCAAUGUAUUUGUAUUAUUUAUUUUUAGUUUAUCAAAUGCGUUUAGGAUAUUCGAUAUCGACGGCAAAGAAACAAUAUUAGCAUCGGAAAAUGAAAAUAUAAGCAUACAGUGUAAAUCUGAUUAUCCAAUGACGUAUUGCGGUUUCGUACAUCCCAGUGGAAAACGAUUUUCAUUUACAGAUCGCGCAGUGAACGACGGCAAAUGCGUCAAAAAAGUCAAGGCCACGAAACUGGACAGCGGCGAAUGGGGUUGUCACAUAGGAAGAAAGUCUGUUAGAUUGGAAACCAUCAAGAAAAUUGAUGUUCGAAUAGUGAAUGAAGUGGCGGCGUUAGAGCCAAACAUUACAGCGAAGCUGGGGAGACCAGUGACCAUCGCUUGUGCCACUACGAAGGGGCUGAUACCGUUGAGCUAUUGCCGAUUUGAACCACCAAACGGAAAAUCAUUUAACAUCGAUUCAACUGUAACCGAAAAAGUUUCAAUUCUCGGCAAAUACUACUAUCCAUCGAACGCUAGCUUAGACCGCGGAGACUGUGCGGUCACCAUCGCCAAAGUGAAGUAUGAGGACGUGGGUGUGUGGACCUGCGGCGCCGGCCUGGACGACGGCCAGGAGCAUAUCGACGUCAUCAAGCUGGAGGUGGAAGGUAUGUACAAAAUGUCAACAGCAUCGGCAACCGGCGUCACGCUCGGCGGCAUCCUCAUAGCAGUCGCACUCGGGUCACUGGGUUACAUCGCGUGGAAGAAGAGGAGAUUCCUCGGAGGAACACCUCCUGAGCCCGAGGUGAUAGAGAUCCAGGAUAUACCAAGGCCGAGUUCAGCCAGCCCAAGUCCUCGAGCACAGAGAGUGCCGGCUAUCGUAGUCCAGUCCCCUUCUACGCCUGGAGAGCCAGGGAUGUCACCGUUGAUGGCAAGGUCUCAAAGCCCUACGUAAGGAAACACGAAACCAGGGAAACUCUAGUCAGAUUAAUCAGAGGGCGUUACUAAUACAUAUAGGCUGUUGGAGGUCAGUGUCAAACGCGUCUGUGUGUUUUUUUUAUUGAUCAUUGAUUUAUUAUUUCUGCUUUGCUGAUGCUUCAGUGUCACACAAACGCGCACUGUCUGUCUGUACACUAUGCUAACGUACUUAAUAUUAAAGGAGCGAACAAAUAUAACUGCCUAUUAAUCGAAAUAUCAUAAUCUAUACUAACACCUACUGGCGGACGCCUGCGACUUCGUCCGCGUAAAACCUACCCCUAUUUAAGUAUCCAAUGUCAGCCUCCUGGUUCUAAGCUACCUCUACACCAAAUUUCACCAAAAUCGGUCUAGCCGUUUUUGAGUUCUAAAUA